AUGUUUGUUUACGUAUUAGUGACCUACCGUGACGUUAUGUUUGCUGCUGAACCUGAACCAUGCGAAUGUGAUUACCGCCAGACCAUGGAGGAUUUCUGCAAGAGCAAUUAUUUCGGCGAGGUGAUGCGAGUUUACGAGCCUAUAAAGAAUCCAGUAUAUACUAACGCUAUGUACGUCGGAUUAGGAAUUCUCAAUGUAAAAUAUUUUAUCACGAUGAUGGACAUAUGUAAUAAUUUUGAUAUACAGACGACUACCAAUUUUCCUUAUCGGUUCCUUCACCUUGAUCUCACUAAACUUCCCGAACGUUGUCGAGGUAACAGAACUAGCUCCCCUUUUUGGAUUGGUGGUGAGUGUAUCAAUCUUCGUUAUAUGCAGGAUGAUAGAGCAGUUGCAGGCACCCUCUUCGAAAAUCUCACUCUCAGUGUUGGUCGUUGCCUUUAUAAGCUAAAUGAAGAGGUCCUGAAUCGUACUCGCUCCUUCUUGCCAUCGCGUAAUAUGACAUGCCAGAUACACUUCGGCAAGGACUGGGUUGGAAACAUGAUGUUGAAUUGA